AAAAGUCAAAAAGUCAAUGAUUGUUUGUUUUUCUCGUUUUAAAUAUAAAUAUAUUUUAGAUAACAUAUUUGUGUCGAAGUAGGAAAUCGUUAUUAACCGUUAAGUAUGAAUGAUUUUGGAUUCAUCGAUUAUAAAAAGCCAAGUGAUGAGUGCAAAGACGAUAUGCGCACUUCAACCAAUCGGAGUCAUGUUUAUAUGACCGAUACAAUGGUGGGCAAUCACAUGCACGCAAAAUUCAAGGAGCCAAAACCGUAUAAAUUAGAUCCAACAUUAGAGAAACUACGCACCAGCGAUUACAAAGCUAAUUUCACAUGGAAAUAUGAAGACCCAAAUAAGGUCAUCAAUCCUUCUCUCGGUCCAAAAGUGCAAUCAAUGAAGAACUUUGAAGAUCGCCGUUUGCGCUUCAUAAGCCGUCCAAUGCGCCCGGCCAGCAGUGUUAUGCACCAAGAUUAUGUGUGGAAUCCCCAAGCCGAACCUGCACAACCAGCGCCGAUACCAUUACCCUCAGCCGUCUCCGCUUCCAGUCUUGUAAUCAAUCGUACUAAGCCGAGUUUUUCGAAAUUACUCGAUCCAACAGCCACAACCUCACGUUUAGCAUUUGCACAUUAUACACCCGAUGAGCUAAUGGGCAGUGUGGCCCGUCACGAUAAUAUAACGUUCUGGAAUUGGUCUAAAUAUAGUACUCAAAGCAAACGUGUAUUUUUCGGUCGCGAUGACACCAUGUGUGAUAGUCUGCCAGCAAAAGAAUGUCCAAAACGGCAUUGUGAGUUUCCCAGCCUGGUGGCACAUGUACCUAACUCGGGUAUGACUACCGAGGUGCGCCAAAAUUAUAUUGAGCCAAUUAAACGUGCCAUAGACUUUGAAACCGCUCACAUACACAAUCGACAAGUUUUUGAUCCGGUUACACCGUCACCAAAAGACACUGAAUAUAAGUUAUAUGGUUCCGGUGAGCGAACACUGAAAUACGUUUGAAUAUAUCAAGACCCCAUUUAUGCAAACAUGAUCUUGAUUAUAUCUAAAAAUUGAUUUUAGCUUAUUUUCGAAAUAAAUUAUAUUAAGACUAGGAAAUAUGGGAAU